AUGUCGUUCGACAAAGUUCACCAGGAAAAGCAACAGCUGCUGUGCAAAGCGGUGGACCAGAUAUGCCAAGACUUUACGUUGACGUCGGAGAAAUUGCAUGAAUUGACCCACUUUUUCGUGGAAAGCAUGGAAAAAGGACUUGGCCAAACCAAAGAAGACGCAGAGUAUCGUGGCCUGCCUAUGAUCCCCACUUUUGUCACGGGCAAGCCUAAUGGAACCGAAAGCGGGAUGUUGCUCGCUGCAGAUCUUGGCGGAACUAAUUUCAGGGUGUGCUCAGUGGAUUUGAAGGGAAACCACGAGUUCGCGCUGCAACAGAUGAAGAGUAAGAUUCCGGAAGAGCUGCUCGAAGACGAGUCAGUUACGAGCGAUGAACUUUUUGGAUACCUUGCGCGCCGGACCUUGGCAUUUGUCAAUAAAUACCACCCGGAGUAUUUGCAAAACGGGGAACGGCUGCGGUUAGGAUUCACAUUUUCCUACCCAGUUGAACAAACGUCGCUGUCGUCGGGCACUUUGAUCCGUUGGACCAAGGGCUUCAAGAUUAAGGACACGCUGGGCAAAGACGUUGUUCAAUUGUACCAAAAGCACUUGGAAGCUCAGGGAAUGUCCAUGAUACGCGUGGUUGCCUUGGCUAACGACACCGUUGGCACUUUCCUCUCGCACUGUUACUGUUCCGAAAACAACGGGUCCCUGACAUCUGGAGAAAUCGUUGAACCAGUAAUGGGCUGUAUAUUUGGCACUGGUACUAAUGGCGCUUACAUGGAAGAGAUUGAGAAUAUCCAGAAAUUGCCAGAAGAACAACGUGCACAGCUGUUACAGGCUGGCAAAACCCACAUGUGCAUUAACACUGAGUGGGGGUCCUUCGACAACGAUCUUAAACACUUGCCCACUACGCGCUACGACAUCGACAUUGACCAAAAGUUUUCCAGCAACCCUGGAUUUCAUCUCUUUGAGAAACGUGUUUCAGGCAUGUUUUUAGGCGAGAUAUUGAGGAACGUGUUGGUGGAUUUGUAUGAAAGAGGCGCUGUUUUCACUCAAUACACUUCAGAGGAUAAACUACCCCACAGGCUCAGAACUCCAUUCGAGCUUUCCUCGGAGGUAUUGUCGCACAUCGAGAUUGAUGAUUCAUCGCAACUGCGUGAAACUGAGUUGUCCAUCCUACAGAGCAUGAGACUACCUACGACGUAUGAAGAACGUAUCGAGAUUCAAAAGCUUGUACGUGCCAUUUCCCGCAGAUCUGCAUACCUUGCCGCGGUUCCCAUUGCUGCUAUUUUGAUGAAGACAGGCGCCUUGAACAAAAGAUACCAUGGAGAGGUGGAAAUCGGCUGCGACGGAUCUGUGGUCGAAUACUAUCCUGGAUUUCGGUCUAUGAUACGACACGCACUGUCCUUGAGCCCUAUUGGUCCUGAAGGAGAGCGGAAAACCCAUUUGUGCAUUGCCAAAGAUGGGUCAGGAGUCGGCGCCGCGUUGUGUGCACUAGUCGCAUAA